ACUAAAUCAAAAAAGGAAGCGCGGCAAAAGUGAUUUCGGGGUGGUGGUUUAAAAGAGGGUUGUUUUUAGAAAAAUGGAGGAGGCUAAAACACGCAGUUUAAACAACAUAAACGAAAUGCUCCACCUAGCGAAACUCAACGAAAAUGACAUCCUUCCAACUUCACAGACAAUUUAUUUCACAAAAAAUAACCUUUACAACAAUGAUUACAAAAUCUUGGAGCUUGACCAACACUUACUGGAAGUACUGAAAGAAGGUCAAACGCUAUACAUCAAAGGCGACGACGACGAAAAUGUAGUUCUGUGUACAGAUAAUCAAACUUACGACGUCACAGGUGCCGAAACUUCAAAUAGUUUGCUUGUGGUCAACAAUUUAAAUUUUUACGAUAAUUUAAAACUCGAAACAGAGAGAAAAUUCAAGACAGUUACGGUUGCGGGAAUAUUUUAUGAGUAUUUGGCUGUGACUCCUGGUAAACCUCAUAUAGGAAAACUGAUGGAACUCCUAAACAAGUCGCUGUAUAAAGGACCAGAACAUGAGUAUGAAGUAAAAGAAGAUGAUUUGUAUAGUUUCGACGAUCUAAAUAAUAAAAUACAAGCUUCUGAGAAAGAACUGAAAGAUAUAUUAAAUAAUUUGACGAUAGUGACUAUCAAUAAUAAAAUCAGGCUUCUAGACGUUGAGUUUCACUUUAGAGCGUUAUCUUACAUGUUAAAAUUAAUUGAUGAGAACUCAUGGGGCUUGGAUGAAAUCGACUAUGAAGAAACUUUAACGUCUCUCAAAGAUAUCAUUCCAGAAGAGAUUUUAAUCAGUUUGUUUGACAAAUACGCCGAAGAAUCUCAAAUAAUCGAUGGUUUGCAGCUAUAUCAGUACAAAGAAUCUGAUAUAUGUAAAUUUUUCGCGCAAAUUCUCUUAUACGCCGCUGAUAAAUUCAAUUUGAACGAGUUCCUACAAGCAUGGAAGGACUCAGUGCCUGAAGGCAUGAUACCUCACGAGGAUUUGCUAUAUGGAAUUGCGAUAAUAGACCGUAAGUCAACUCCGAACAUCAUUUCGGCAUUUCCGGAGGACAGUUUACCAGAAGAUAUUAAUGCAAGAUUUGGGGUUUUGUUCAGGGUGAAGGAUAAGUGGACGGUGCCUGAAAUUACUCCGUACAUUCAGAGACUGGCUACUCCAAAAAUGGACGUCAACGCGCUUUUGGCGAAGUUCGCGCGCGCUUCUACUGUAGACGGUGUUAAGUAUUAUUCUGCGAAACAUGCAAAGUGAAGUUACAUUUCGUGUAUUUUUUAAAUUAAGUAAAAUAAAAAAGAAUUGUAGUAGUAA